AUCUACGGCGUCGUUUGUUUCGUCUUCCCCAAAACCCUUUGUUUCGUUUGUGUGUUGAGGGUUUGGAGUGGAGGGAGGUGCAGAGCAGAAUGGUUCUAUCAAACAAGAAACUGAAGCUUAAGCUGAGAGCUGAAUUAGCCCAAAGAAACUCCAACGCCGCCGCCGAACCCCCUUCAUCUUCAUCUUCUACUAAUAAUAACAACUCUCUCAAAACUCUUCUGGACUCUGCCACCCCUAAAGCCAGAUUCUCCAAAAGAGAGAAGCGAAGGAAGCUUCGAUCCGACCAACCUUCACAACAAGCCAACAAGGAAAUUCAAACUGAAACAGAAGCUGAGGGUUCGCCCAAUAAGAAGAGAAAGAGGAAGAAGGUAGAGGGCGAUGACGUGGCAGCAAAUGGAGUUUCCGACACACCAAAGAACAAGAAGAAGAAGCAAAAACAGAAGAAGAACAAGAACAAGAACAAGAAGAAAUCCACAACGGCGGAAGAAAACGAAUCUAAUGGUGGAGGGGAAAUGCCAGAGGCUACAGAGUUAACCAAAACCAAUACAACUACCAGUAAAGACAAUGGUGAUGCUCCUACAAACACGAAAGCUUAUGUUGGAGGAAUUCCCUAUUAUUCAACCGAGGAUGAUAUUCGAAGUUAUUUUGAAAGCUGUGGCACCAUAACUGAAGUUGAUUGCAUGACUUUUCCUGAAACUGGCAAGUUUAGAGGGAUUGCCAUUAUUACUUUCAAGACUGAGGCUGCAGCUAAAAGAGCAUUGGCUCUUGAUGGAGCUGACAUGGGAGGACUCUUUCUUAAAAUCCAACCAUAUAAAGCAACUCGAGCCAAUAAAGCCUCAGAUUUUGCUCCAGAAAUUUUGGAGGGGUACAAUAGGAUAUAUGUUGGAAAUUUGUCGUGGGAUAUAACUGAGGAAGAACUAAGGAAAUUCUUCAAUGGUUGUGAGAUAACAUCGCUACGAUUCGGUAUGGACAAGGAGACAGGAGAGUUUCGAGGGUAUGCCCAUGUGGAUUUCAGUGAUAGUCAGUCACUGAAAACAGCCCUUGCAUUGGACCAAAAUGUUUUGUUUGGGAGACCUGUCAGGAUAAGUUGUGCGGUUCCUUUGAAGAAAAAAACUGGAACUCAUACAAGCUCCACGGUUAAUGGAGCUAAUGGUGAUAAACCAAGUUCCACAGGAAGUGACAGGAUAGAUGGAGCUGAUGGUGAUAAACCAAGUUCCACAGGAAGUGGCAAGAUGAGGAGGAGGACAUGCUAUGAGUGUGGUGAGAAAGGACAUACAUUUGCGGCAUGCCCAAAGAAACAAACAGUUGCUGCAACUACAACCUAAAGUGUGUAGGAAAACUCAAACAGAUCACUGUUCUUGUUUCUUCUAGCAAAUAGUUUGAUUGUAGUUUAUAAAAUACAAUAGUGCUGCAUUCAUAACUGGUCGGAUUUACAGUUUCCUGCUUCCCUUGUUAUUGUUAUCCUUGUUUCCUCUUGAAAUGAAAAUUCUGUCUUUGUUAUAAGCCAAGAAAAGUAGGAGAUUAAAAAGUUACUAGUAGUUUGAGAUUUUGUUCACAGAUAGAUAGACAUUUUGAUGCAAAUUAAUAGUGUGAAUCCAAGCUUUCUUUUUAUUGCA